AUGAGCGAAGGGCUAUCCAAGAUGACGUCCACUGUGACGGACAAGCAAACCCUUGACAAAUUUCUGAAUCUUGACCAACCGGAUGACCGGGUCAUGGCAGAAUACUUGUGGAUUGACGGCACAGGGGAGGGCAUUCGGUCCAAGUGCAGGACGCUCGACUUCGACCCUAAAUCUCCCAAAGAUUGCCCCGAGUGGAACUUCGAUGGAUCCAGCACGUACCAAGCUGAGGGGUCCAACUCUGACAUGUACCUGACGCCGGUGGCGUUGUUCAAAGACCCCUUCCGUCGAGGCAAGAACAAACUGGUGCUGUGUGAAGUCUACAAAUACAACAAAAAGCCAGCAGAAACCAACCGACGCAUGACCUGUGACCAGGCGAUGGAGAAGGCGCGGGAGGAUUUCCCCUGGUUCGGAAUUGAGCAGGAGUACACACUGCUGGACUAUGACGGCCACCCAUUUGGCUGGCCCAAGAACGGGUUCCCGGGCCCCCAAGGUCCCUACUACUGCGGUGUCGGAGCCAACAAGGUGUACGGCCGUGACGUGGUCGAGGCUCACUACAGGGCGUGUCUGUAUGCGGGAGUUAAGAUUGCUGGUUGUAACGCGGAAGUUAUGCCUGGACAGUGGGAGUUCCAAGUGGGGCCCUGUGUGGGUAUAUCCAUGGGAGAUCACCUCUGGGUGGCCAGGUACCUUCUACACAGAGUCGCGGAAGAGUUCGGAGUCGUUGUGACCCUUGACCCCAAACCAAUGGAGGGCGAUUGGAACGGCGCCGGCGCUCACACCAACUACAGCACCCUGGCCAUGAGAAACAAAGGCGGUCUCAAGGUUAUUGAAGAAGCCAUUGAGAAGCUCUCCAAGCAUCAUGUACGGCAUAUCAAAGCCUACGACCCUCGUGAAGGCAAGGACAACGAGAGACGUCUCACGGGACACCACGAGACUUCAUCCAUCCACGACUUCUCGGCCGGUGUCGCCAACCGCGGAGCUAGUAUCCGUAUUCCCCGCCAGGUGGCGGAGGAUGGAGAGGGCUACCUGGAAGACAGACGCCCAUCCUCCAACUGUGAUCCCUACUCCGUCACUGAGGUUAUAGUGAGAACAACAAUACUCAAUGAAUGAGAUGAGAGGAUAUUUUGGGCGGAAAUCUCAACUCGUGACGGCGCACUGGUAGACAUUAUUUCUUCAUUAACAAUCCCACAUCACUGCAGUUCUCAUGUGGACAUGUCAGUCUGAUUCACAACCCCAAAGCCGUUCGGGCAGAUGGAAUCUACAUCGUUCCCUCAACCAAUGACCUUAUCUUAUGUGGCGACUGUGAUAUUUUUGUAGAACUAGGUGCAUUCGCAUCUUUAAUUUUUUUUUAAAAAGUAUCAAAAUUUGAAAGACUCUUUUCAGAACAUUCCUGGCUUGUCGAAAGGCAGCUUUGAAACGUACAAUGCUUUGGAUUUAUAAAACAUAUUUUUGUAUUAACUCAAAAGAAUCUGCAGUAAGAUUACUAACAUUUGCAGAUAAUCAGAUUUUGAGACAAUAAUAUAUUUUUUUGUAUAUAGUUCAAUAAAUACUUGCAUUGUUUUAGACUGACUAGAGAUUUGAUCUAAAACAUGCAGGUAGUGGCUUGGUCAAGCAGUGACACGGGAGACAAGUCGGUAGUACGUGUCUUUUAAACUGUGUAUUGUACAACGUUUUGUUCGAAAACAUUAAUGUUGUCUAAUAAAUGUAUAUAUGUUA